CAAUGCUCUCCUCCCUUGUAUCGAGCUCCCUCUGAGUUGCCUGUGCUGCGUCCAUCUGGCCCGUGCAUCUGACUCAUAGUUGUCUCUAGAAGCAACCUCGGGAGUAGGACGAAGCCGAUUUUCAAUUUGCGAAAGCGUGAGCUCUUGUUGAUCAACAUUGGUGAGGUGGGUUUCAGAUCUGAGCUAACAGAGCGCUUGAUCUCUUAUUUUCAUUUCAGGAAGUAGCGUUAAAUUGGGUUUGUGUCGAGGGUUGGGGGAUUUGGUAAUUGAGAUGUUUUUGGGGAUUGCUGUUUUCCUAAGUGUGACGUGGUCGACCUAACUGCGUUGAAUUCUACUGGAUUGCUACGGCAUGGAUAGAUGAGAUUUUGGCUGCUCGUUUUGUCAGUGUCCCCGUUUUUUUCAUUUCUGAUUAUGUUUCUUCGCGAAGGGAUCGGACAUCUUGAAAGAUUUGAAGGCGCGAUCACAUCCCAAGUGAUACAAAUUUGUUGGAUUAAAUCAGCAUGGGCGUCAAUGACAAUUCGAUGGAGCAGCAGUUGGAGAGGUUGUGGGAGGAGCAAGGUGAAAAUGUAGGAGUUCCGCAAAAGGUGCGAGAACUCCUCAAUGCGGCAUUUACGAAAGUUCCAGUCUCAUCAUUCCCCAAGCUUCCUUGUGGCAAAGUGCUGGAAAUCUCAGGCGAUGCGUCCAUAUCAGAUGCUGUGCACCUGCUUGCAGAAAAUAACAUCUUUUCAGCUCCUGUGAAGGACCCGCAUGCGACUUCUAACGAUCCAUGGUCUGUACAAUACAUUGGCAUCGUUGAUUAUGCCUCUAUUAUUUUAUGGGUGCUAGAGCAGGCUGAGUUGGCUGCAGCUGCGAUAGCUACUGGAUCAGCCACAGCUGCGGGCAUGGGAGCUGGAGCUCUAGGUGCACUUGGAGCCCUUGUGCUUGGGCUUACUGGUCCAUUUGCCAUUGCUGGUGUUGCAACAGUUGCUGUUGGGGCUGCAAUUGCAGGUGGAGCUGUAGUAGAAAGAGGUGUUAAGGACGCAUCAUCUGCAGUGGACAGCCUUGGUGAAGAUUUUUACAAGCUCAUUCUUGAAAAUGAGCCAUUCAAAUCCACCAAAGUGGAGGAAAUCACAAGGUCUUACAGAUGGGCUCCAUUUCUGCCGGUUCAACAUGAUGACUCUAUGCUGACUGUGCUACUGUUGCUUACUAAAUUUCGACUGCGGAGCAUUCCAAUCGUAGAUAUUGAUCACGGUAUCGUUCAGAAUAUGAUCUCUCAAUCAUCAGUUGUGAGAGGGUUCUCUCAAUGCAAGGGUCGCGAUUGGUUUGAUUGCCUUGCCGGAAAAUCGAUCCAACAACUCGGCCUUCCUGUCAUGGCGCCUGAUCAGGUAGUGUCUGUAGAUGCAAGCAAAUUGGUGUUGGAAGCUUUCAAAUUGAUGAAGGAGAAGGGUAUUGGAGGCCUUCCUGUUGUGGCUGGUCCUGAUCAUCACAUUGUAGGAAGCAUCAGCGUUCGCGAUGUUCGGUUUCUAUUGUUAAAAUCUCAUCUUUUUGCAAGACGCAGUCACUUGACCGUACUGGAGUUCAUGAAAACGAUUUCGGAGGUGGAGGCACAAGUCGGCACAACACCCCCUGUGACAUGCGAAAAGUCGGAUUUACUUGGGAAGGUGAUAGAAACUUUGGCAAGCAAAAAUCUGUACCGCAUUUAUGUAGUUGAUGAGACCACUCGGUUAUUGGGGGUCAUUACGUUGCGAGACAUUAUCAGUUGCUUUGUGUCGGAGCCACCAGGUUUCUUCGAUGGCUACUUUGGCGGAGCUUUCAAGGAAGCUUUUGAGAGAUCAGAGGGCCACUUUGUAUCGGGGUGAAGUGCUGUUGGUUGUUACCGUCGCUUCCCGAGAGGGAAUUUCUUGUUCAGUUUGGCUGACGACUUCUGGCAUUCAGUAACGGCCAUAUGGUUAGAAGUCAAUUUACUAUCUCUAAUGAAGGUCUGUCAAUUUAAAAAGAAAUUAGUUGAAACCAACGUAAACAAUUUGUAAAAGGUUGGCUCGGCUGUGAACUUGAGACUUGCACUGCUGUUUAAAUGAAACACGGGCCAAGUACCUCGUCUUUGUUAAGUGUACUA